AUGGAGCUUUUUCUCCGCUCUCUUUACUCUCAGGUCAAAGGUCGCUUUUCAGGAAGAAGAGCUCCAUUUAGCUCACUGCCUCAGCUUGAAAACGAGGGGAAUCCGCUGGAUUCACCGAAUUUUAGCAGCGAAACUCUACACAAUCACCUUCCUACGUCACUUCCAAAAUACAUCACAAAAUUAGAAUCCACAUUCACUAGUACUGGUGGAGAGUUGAGCGCACCUUUGGAGUCUGACGUCCGCAUCAUCGUUCCUGGCGGGGCAAUUCCCGCUGGAAUAAACCAGUCUAUCUUUUUUGGAGUGUUCUUGGAUGAAACAACAUUGUUGCAGGAUAUCCCAGACGCACCUGAUAAGACUAUUAUUUCUCCCGUGAUUGAAUGCGGGCCGCAUGACAUUCACCUGUUACAGCCAGUAGAAAUCAUUGUUCCACAUUGCCUAGAUUUAAGCAAGGCUAAAAAGGAAUGGAUUACUGUUUACAGAUGUGGACAGUUUUCUGCUGAAGGUUGUUCAAACUGGGAGAGAGUACCCAACGAAUCGGAAAAAGUAAGUCAAUCUCAGGCCGUCUUCACGGUUAAAGAGGAUGUUAUCCACAUCAAAACUACUACCUUUUCACUCUGGAGCAUAUUAGCCUGUGGCGGGCCAAGAAGAAAAAAGGCGACAGUUUUUGCCAGCAGACCGGAUCCCAGAAGCGACCUAAUUUACCUACGAUUUUACGUCUACAGUGAUAACCAGGAUUCUAAGAGGCGCGUGGAGUUGACAGAAAAGGAACGGUUUCCUGGCUCGAAGUCAGCGAGGGAGAAGCCCUUCAGAAUGUACAAAGACAACAAAAUGAUCACAGUGAGACUAACUGAUCUUGAAGAAGGCUGGAAGUUUGACAAGACUGGUGAUGCACAGAUAUACAAAUACGAGAAAGCUAGAGGAAGUGGAUUCCGGUCUAAAGAUGCCUGCGAUUUUGCUGUUAAACCAGAAGAUGGUCGAGAUGUUGGAGCUUUUUCUUGUGAAGUAAAGUUUCAACAGGAAGAUGACGACCAAGAACACUCAUUUUCCGUGUAUCCAGGCUUUACGCCUCUGAAGCGACAGAGCAUCCAUCGAAGCUCCGAAGAAGGCCUUGGAGGCGACACUUUCUCUAGGACUUCGCAAUACGAAGGUUCGGUAGACUGGGAUCACUAUGUCUCGUCAUUGGGUAGCGAGCCCGUAACAGAACAACUCAUCUAUCAAAUCAGUCCCGAUGUUGGACGCGACUGGAAAGACCUUCUGCGAAGCCUGUCCAUGAAGGCAAAUGUCAUUGAAAAUCUGAGCGAGGAUCACAAGCAUGAAAAAAUUGCCGAAAAGUGUAUUCAGGGCCUCUUACAGUGGAAAAAGCUUGACCCUCAGUUAGCAACCAUUAAAAAUCUAGCUACUGCUCUCCGUCACGUGGGUUGCUAUGAUGCACUUCAAACGUUGCGGAAAAGUGUAAAUGAUGAAUCAAAACAUCAAUGACUCUUAAGGGGGUCUAAUACCUUAAAAUAUAUAUUUUUUGGCAAAACAGCUCUGUGGAACAGUUUUGGUACCACGUCAAAGGACUUUGCUCUCUGACUUCAAAAUGAGCUUUCCUCUUCACAUGCCACGAUAGUUAAUGAAUAACUAGCUCCUAAGUGUGAAAAAGUGGUGUUCAUUAUAAACACGAGAACGUAACAAUGAAUGGUUCCAGAAGUAUGGAAUUAAGUUCAUCCUGUCCAUACGCAGGUUGUCCAGGAGACAAACCUCAGAAAACAGUGUUUUGAGGGUUUUUUCUCGUGAAAUUUUGAACAAGUAUACUAAUAUUAACUUACCUAACUAGAUUAACUAAACAACAAGGUAAGAAAUUUCAUAAAUUAUAAAUUUUGGAGUUUUAAGACAUAAAUAAUCGUGUACUUUACCAAUGUUUAAAAUUUGACAACAUUCGGUUAAAACCCAGUGGAGAUAUCGUGUGCGAGAUAUUGGUUAUCCGUCCAUUUGGUCAUUUCGAGAAAUAAGGCUCAAACUAGCCCAAACUAGCUCUGCAAACGGGGAGGGCGGGGGGUAUAUCGAAAGGUUUCACACAAAUGUUCCAUUGACUACCCGAAGAAACACCAGUCGUAGAAAUGUUAACGAAGUAUAAGGAGCGUAUAAGAUGGUAGAGAAAACAAUGUUCAGGACCAUGAUGUAAAAUUCUCAAAAGUACCAUCUUUAAAGCGUUUCUGUAAAGUAUCAUUAAAAUGUACUGAAUUGAAUCCA